AUGCUCUUAAACCCAGACAUCCGCCCGAUGAACCGGUCGACGCUUGUACAACCUCGCCACCUGCAUAGACACGAGGAAUAUAUUACCAUGUCUGCGGAUACGUCAAGGCGCAGGCCACAUCCUGCCAAUAACACAUCAUCACUGGCACAGGGCAUGAACAACUUCAGCCCCCACGAGAAUCCCGUCCAGCGCCAAUUAAAUCCCAACACGGACCUCUGGUCCGGCAAUAUUGGUCUGACGCCCACGCGUCAUUUAAAUGCAUACGGGCCUGAGAUGGAAAUGAAUUACUACACCCUCGGAGCUCUACCUGUAGAGCUUCCUUCGUCUGCACAUGUUCCUAAUCCACUACAGCCUAAUGGCGCAGGCUCAUCCCGUUCCGACCGCUGUGAGUCCGCGGACAUCGACUUAAGGUGCGCUAGAAAGAUCGGGAAUAUCUUUCCGGGUGUGGGUGCUAAUGCCAAUAACUUAUAG